AUGGAAAGAAUCAUCAUAAGGCACCUGAUAGAAACCCCAGUACGCUACCAGGAGGAAUUUGAAGCCCGAGGCCUUGAAGACUGCAGGCUGGAUCACAGCUUGUAUGCACUGCCAGGGCCAACCACUGUGGACCUGGGGAAGGCCAGGUCAGCCCAGAAUCCACUACCGGCCACAGAAGCUGAGAAGCCACCAGCGGGGGACAGCAAACCUCAUUUUCAGAUCUUGCUGGAUGUGGUGCAGUUUCUCCCUGAAGAUGUCAUCAUCCAGACUUUUGAAGGUUGGCUCCUGAUCAAGGCUCAACAUGGCACCAGAAUGGACGAGCAUGGGUUUGUCUCAAGAAGCUUCACCCGGCAAUAUAAGCUACCGGAUGGUGUUGAAAACAAAGACCUAUCGGCCCUCUUCUGCCACGAUGGCAUUUUGGUAGUGGAAAUGAAAGAUCCCGCAAGGGUUAACUGA